ACUGCCCACUGCCACGCCUCGUUCGCUAGAGGACGCUGUGCAGCUCUAUGAGUGGUUGACGUAGGGCUGACGUACUAGGAAGUGUGUUGAAGACGAAAACACUGUAGCUGGCUAAUCACGCUUUAAGUGUUACAUUGGCAAUAACAAAAAAAAUGUAAUGAUGACUUGUCGGGAACAUCGAAAACUCUUCCUAUAGAAACGCUGCGGCGUGGCGAUUAAUAAGCACCAAAAAGCCGAACACGUUUAUUAUAAUUCUCUCUGACAGCUGGGGAGACAUUUCCAAUCCUCUCCAAUGUCCUCUGGCUGUCCACCCCAGUCACCGGCUGUGGCUAAGUCUGAGGUAGCAGUAGAGGGAGAAUGCCCGAUGCUGGCUGCCACCUUUGCCUACUGGGACAACAUCCUGGGUCCACGGGUGCGCCACAUCUGGACACCAAAGGGAGACCAACUGAUGUUCCUCAGCGAUGGAGAGGUCACAUUUCUGGCCAAUCAUACACUAAAUGGGGAGAUUCUGCGUAGUGCUGAGUGUGGCGCUGUGGAUGUGAAGUUCUUUGUCCUGGCAGAAAAAGGCGUAAUCAUUGUGUCGCUCAUCUUCGAUGGCGAGCUGAAGGGGGACAAGAACACAUGCGCCUUGUCCAUUAUCCUACCUCAGACUGAGCUGGGCUUCUAUCUACCUCUGCAUGCCAUCUGUGUGGAGAGACUGAAGCAUGUCAUCCGCAAGGGACGCAUUUGGAUGCAGAAGGGCUACAACAUCAUCUCGGUGCUAAGCUUGGAGAUUGUCCCUAUCAUGGAGCUGUUGGCCUCUAUGAAGACACACAGUGUGCCAGAAGAUAUAGAUAUAAAAGACACCGUGCUAAAUGAUGAUGACAUCGGGGACAGCUGCCACGAGGAUUUCCUCCACAAGGCCAUCAGCUCUCAUCUGCAGACUUGCGGCUGUUCCAUAGUGGUUGGGAGCAACCCAGAGAAAGUAAAUAAGAUUGUACGAACUCUCUGUCUCUUUCUCACCCCGGCUGAGAGGAAGUGCUCUCGCCUCUGCAAGACCGCCUGCUCUUUCAAAUACGACACAGGCCUGUUUGUUCAGGGUCUGCUCAAGGACUCUACAGGCAGCUUUGUCCUGCCCUUCCGCCAGGUGCUCUACUCGCCUUACCCGACCACGCACAUAGACGUCGACAUCAACACAGUCAAGCAGAUGCCACCGUGCCACGAGCACACGUACAACCAGCGGCGCUACAUGCGGUCUGAGCUAAGCGCGUUGUGGAAGACGGACAGCGAGGACGACAUACCCCCUGACACAGUCAUUCACACUGACGAAACCUUCACACCAGACCUGAAUAUAUUUCAAGACGUCCUGCAUAAAGACACUUUGGUGAAGUCAUUUAUAGAUGAGGUGUUCAUGCUGAAGCCAGGCCUGUCCCUGCGGAGCACCUAUCUGGCCCAGUUCCUGCUGCUGCUCCACAGGAAGGCCCUCACACUGCUCAAGUACAUCGAGGACGAAACGCAAAAAGGGAAGAAGCCGUUUCGAUCACUGCGUAACCUAAAGACGGACCUAGAUCUGACGUUGGAAGGAGACCUGAACAUUGUAAUGGCCUUCGCUGAAAAGCUCAGGGCAGGACUGCACUCGUUUGUGUUUGGCAAGCCGUUCUACACCAGCAUGCAAGAACGAGACGCCCUCAUGAGCUUUUGACUCUAUUCUUCCCCUGCACUUUAAGUAUUGGACGGGUAAUUGGAACAGUAUUCUCUUUUGUUUGUUUUAUUGUUACAUUAAUGCAUGCACGUGUAUGCUUGAGGCAAACAUUAUCCUGAAUAUUUGUUUCUGCUGUUCUGAAAUGAAAAAACUAACAUUUUGCCUUCCUUUUUACUCUUGGAUAAAUUCAAGGUGUGAUUUCAAAGAUUGUCUGUUACUACUGUUAUGAGAUAUUGGAAUUAAUGUUUUGAUAUAUUGCCUUGAUCAAUUGUAAGCAUAAUGUGAGUUUAAUGUUCUUUGAAGACUUAAGUUAUUCUCUGGGGGAUGAAUAAUUCAUGAAUUCUAUGCCUUCUGUUAAUAGUUUCUGUUUUAAUUUAUGGUGUGGAAAUUGAUGGAGGUGCCCAACAGGACAUUUUGCAAUUUAAUUUAAUAUUAUAUUUCUGAAAACAUGAGUUAUUAAUUUCUUUACUGCUGUGUUAUACAAUAACCUCAAACCUUCAGAACUUGUCUUUUUUUAAACUAAAUUAAUGAGCUUCAAUGACUUUACAAAAAGGUUGUGAGUUAUUAUGACGCAAAUGAAAUCGUAUUACAAUCCCUCCAGACAAAGCAGAUCAGUGUGUGUGUAACUGACAGUGAGUGUCAUUAAAGGCAUUCACCCAGCUGUGCGUAUAAUG